CUCAAGAAAAAUAGUGAAAUUCGCAGCCAUGGGGAGCUCUGAAGAAGCAAAGCUUCAACUGCUUCUUGAAUGGUUAAAGUUGAAUGGAGUGGAAUUGCGCGGUUGUAACAUCAAAUACAGCGAUUCGAACAAAGGGUUUGGCGUAUUUUCAUCUGAUGGCGCUACUGAUGGAGUUUUACUGGUGGUUCCUCUUAAUUUGGCUAUAACUCCAAUGAGGGUAUUACAAGAUCCAAUACUUGGACCUGUAUGUUCAGCAUUGUAUGAGGAAGGAGAAGUGGAUGACAGAUUCUUGAUACUUUUGUUUCUUACUUUUGAAUCUAUAAGGAAGAAUUCUUCAUGGAAACCGUACCUUGAUAUACUUCCAACUAGUUUCGGGAACCCACUUUGGUUCUCUGAAGAUGAGCUUUUGGAGCUAAAAGGAACUACUUUGUUUAAAGCAACCGACUUGCAGAAGAAGAGUUUGCAGUCCUUGUAUGAUGAUAAAGUGAAAAAGUUGAUGAAGAAGCUUUUGAUUCUUGAUGGUGACUUAGAAAGUGAAGUUUCUUUCCGUGACUUCCUUUGGGCGAAUUCAAUAUUUUGGACACGUGCUCUAAGUAUACCACUUCCUCGUUCUUAUGUAUUUCCCCAAAUUCAAGAAGAGCAACAAAAUCAUGAUUCCAAUUCAGAGUUGGCUAAUGGUGAUAAUGGCAAAAAACAUGAAGUUGAAAGUGGGGUCGAUUCUUCUUCUAUACAAGAAGAGACUGUCUGGGUUGAGGGUCUUGUCCCUGGCAUUGACUUUUGCAACCAUGAUUUAAAGGCUGCUGCAACAUGGGAAGUUGAUGGAACAGGAUCUGCAACCGGUGUUCCAUUGUCCAUGUAUCUUCUUUCUGUCGAAGAAGCUCGUCUUCAAAGUGGGAAAGAGAUAUCAAUUAGCUAUGGUAACAAAGGAAAUGAGGAACUUCUAUACUUAUAUGGAUUUGUCAUGGAUAAUAAUCCAGAUGACUAUAUCAUGCUUCACUAUCCAGCUGAAGCUAUCAAGGAUGUACCGUUUUCUGAAACCAAAAUACAACUUCUAGAAGCACAAAAAGCUGAAAUGAGGUGUCUUUUAUCAAAAACUUUACUUGAUCAUGGGUUCUUCUCGAACAAAAAAGAAACAAAUGAGUUCUUAACUUGCUUAAGGACUAUAGCCAUGGGGGAAGAUGAGAUAUAUAAGGUUACAUCGUUGCUUCAAGAGCUUGUUGGUUCAGAUGGGGAGAGACAACCAUCGGAUAUAGAAGUUCGUGCAGCAACAUGGGAAGCUUGUGGGGAUUCGGGCGCCCUACAAUUGCUUUUUGACCUUUUAAAUACAAGGAUGAUGGAUCUAGAAGAGGGCUCUAGAACAGAAGAUUCUGAUACUCAAAUACUUGAGAAGGUCUACUGCUACAAUAAUACACACAAAGAAGGAAAAAGCAAUGGGGCACCAAAGAAGGAAGAAAUCAGUCAAAACAAAUGGUCAAGCAUAGUAUACAGGCGAGGUCAAAAACAACUCACUCAGCAGUUUUUAAAAGAAGCAGAACAUGCGUUACAAUUAGCUUUAAGCGAAUGCAAUUAAAAUAAAACCUGCCUUUGACCGGAUUAGUGGCAACUCUAUCUUCUAACUAAUAGAUCAAAAGAUUUAUCAUCACCUACUACUUUGAUUAUGAUUUUUUGGCUGGGGGUUGAUUCCAAUGCAUUAUGCUGAUUUUUCCUUGUGGCAAUGCUUCCUUGACUUGUACUAGGUGCAUUAAGUGUAGUACAUGUUACAUUUGGCUGGUGAGGUU